CCCAGAACGGAGAAGAUGGUGAUGAAGGUGCUGAUUAUGUUUGUCCUUGGAACGAACUACUGGUUCCACUACUGUGCAGGUUUUCCCGUGUAUGACUAUGACCCGUCUUCCUUGAGGGAAGCUGUCAGCGCCUCCGUGGCAAAAGUGAAUUCCCAGUCGCUGAGCCCCUAUCUGUUUCGGGCGUUCAGAAGCUCAGUUAGAAGAGUCAAUAUCCUGGAUGAGGACAGCUUGACCAUGGACAUAGAGCUCCGCAUCCGGGAGACGACGUGCAGGAGGGGCUCUGGGGAAGACCCCGCCACCUGUGACUUCCAGAGGGGCUACUACGUGCCAGCAGUUGCUUGCAGAAGCACCGUGUGGGUGUCUGCUGAGCAGGUGCAGGACGUGUGGGUUCGCUGCCAGUGGUCCUCCAGCUCCUCCGAGUCUAACAGCAGUGAAGAGAUGGUUUUGGGAGAUAUCUUGGGAUCCUCUACAUCAAGAAACAGUUAUCUGCUUGGUCUCACUCCUGACAGAUCAAAAAGUGAGCCAUUUUAUGAACCUUCAGGGAUCAUGAGAAGGGGCUUUCCUCCUGGAAAGAGAAGGAGCCUGAACCUGUGGCCCAGAGCAAGAAUAAACACUGGCUUUGAGUGA